GCCAGUAUGUUUCUGUGUCUGAUCACAUGAGGAUUACAAUUCUGACCUGAACAGAACGAGAAUGAAUAUCCAAAUCUAUUUGAAGAUUAAUAAAGACACAAUUAAAACAAUAACUCUGGCAACCUCAGAUGAAGAAAUUGGGAAAGCCACCGUUAGAGACGUAAAGAAAAAAGCCUUAUGUCAUUUUCCCGGAGUUGGAACUGAUAUAAGCAGACUGAGGUUGAUCUAUAAUGGAACUGAUCUUGAAGAUGAAAAAACACUCGAAAGUUAUAAGAUUGAAAACCUCUCAGUCCUUCAAGCCGUGUUGAAAAUGCGUGGUGGGGCCCAGUUCCACCUGAUGAAGGGUUUCCCAUGAUUCAGUCUAUGGCAUGUUUAUAUCUCAACAUGUAGAUGUUUUGGACUCACUUGGAUUAAAUUGAAAUAAGAGAGUUCAGUAUCAUAUAUUGCUGUAUAAUGUCUGAAUAAUUCUUAUAUAACUUACAGAAAAUAAUAUAACUACAUAACAUAUGAUAAAUGUACUAAGAAAAUGUGAAAAUAAUUAAAUAAAAAUAAACUUUAAUAAUAAAUAGUGUGUUCACAGUUAAAAACAUAUAUAUAUAUAUUCCAAAUUGCAAGAUUUUCUCCCAAAAACGAUAAAACAUGUUUCUAGGAAGGAUCAUUUUGUGAUUGAUGUAUUGGCUUCAGAAGAAUGAUUGGAAGUAAAUCUACAUUAAAACAUGUCACAACAUUAUUUCCCCAAACUGUGGCAGGGGUGGAAGUGUACGACUUAUACUGUAUAUACUGAACAAAUACAAAAAUGUCCUUUGUUUGUAGCCUAUUGAAGUUUGUUUCAUUAAUUAUAUAGAUAAUGUAACCGUUUCAUUAUUUCUUACCAAUAAAAUUACCAAUCUUUCUACAUGUUAUUUUUUACAUGUGACAAAAAAUAAAUAAUUUCCCAACUUGCCAAUCUUUUACAAUUAAACAAUAAUAAAGGAUGAUUUUUUUAUUUUUUAUCUUACUGUAUGGCAAUGAGUACAAGGUGAAUUUGUUUAUUUGAAUGGGUUACACAUCUGUAAUUGCUAUAUGUUUUUAUUCUAUCAGUAGCAUCAAUACUUGUCUUUAUUGUUGGAUAUG